UUGUAACCGUCGACGAUGGCUUCUGUUCUUGUUUGCAGCAUGGCUGUACGACAACUCACCCCCGAGCUCGAGGAGAGGGCCAAGCAGGAGCUCGGCGAGGACCCGGCGCGGCGGCAGGAAGACAUCAACGCCAUCAAGACGUGGCUGUCGAAGCAGGGACACCUCAACGCCAACACAGAGGACCAAUGGAUCCUCACUUUCCUGCGCGGCUGCAAGUUCUCCCUGGAGCGCACCAAGGAGAAGAUCGACAGCUACUACACAUUCCGCACCCUGCUCCCAGAGUUCUUCACCAACAGAGACCCCAUGUUGCCCGAGAUGCAGGAGAUCCUCAACCUCGGGAUCUGCUUCCCGCUGCCCCACCCUGACCCGAAGGGACGAAAGAUCUUCCUCAUGCGAGUAGGAAACUACGACCCGUCCAAGAUCAAGCUCCAAGACAUCAUGAAGCUCAACUACAUCAACAUGGACAUCACCCUGAGGGAGGACGACAGGCCCAUCAUCUGCGGCGACGUGCUCAUCAUGGACAUGCGAGGCGUGACCCUGGGCCACCUCGCCCAGGUACAGCCUAGCCUGCUCAAGAGGGCCAGCACCGUGUACCAGGACGCGUACCCAGUCAGACCGCAGGGCAUGCACUACGUGUACGCGCCGUCCUCCUUCGAGAGCAUCUUGGGCCUCAUCAAGUCGUUCAUGAAGGAGAAGCUACGAAAGCGGCUAUCGGUGCACGGCAACAACAUCGACAACCUGUACAAGGAGAUCCCCCAGAAGUGCCUGCCCACGGAGUACGGCGGUGAGGCCGGCAGCAUCGCGGAGCUCGCUGCCGCGUGGAAGACCAAGGUGGAGAGCCACCGGGACUGGCUGCUGGCCGACGAGCAGAGGCGGAGCGACGAAAAGAAGAGGCCAGGCCGGCCCAAGUCGAGCGACGCCAUCUUCGGAGUGGAGGGCUCCUUCAGGAAGCUGGACUUCGACUGAACGCCGGCUGGCGUCAUUUCGACCGUCUUCUUCUCACUGGUGCUGCGUUUUGAGUGCGUCGCAGCAAAUCAGCGCCGUCUUGCCCUCGGCCUAGCAAUUAUGCGGAGCCACGACCUGAAACUGGUUUCCGCCUGGAAUCGAGUUGAUUUAGUCGGUUUCGUAUUUGGCCCAGGCCGAACCUCUACGCGGUGACUUUUCUUUUUUUUGUGAUCAUUGUGAAAGUUUUAAACAAAAUGACGUUACUGUUUGAUACCAAAGAGAUGCUAUGUAUUUUCGGAAUCAAACAAAAAUACAAAAACAUAAACCAGCUCA